AUGUUGUCCGUCUGCAUGGUGCGGGGACCCCCGGGGUCUACGCCAGGGAGGGCCGGUGAGGGGACGACCGUGUGCGGUACCAGUUUCCGCAGUACCCAAACUCCUCGACCCAGCCGCACCAUCGACCCGGGCCCACACCGUGGCCCAGGCGGCAGGGCGCACUAG